GAACGUUCGGGGAAAGCUAACAUGGAUUAUACUGGGGACAUUAAUGAUGUUUACAACAUGCUCACAGGAAAUACAGGAAAUGAGCACGAAAAUCAUGUAUUGGUUGGUGAAAUAUUGGAGUACGAAGAAAUUGAUGAUCCACUACUCAUGUACCACAACUACGAUCAAAGAAAUGGAGAAAAUGAUGAAUUUGAGUUGGAUUUUGGUGCAGAAGAUCAGCCGAAUAUUACUACAGAUCAUGACGAAGAUAUCGAUGAUAUCAGUGAUUUGGCUGAUGAUCCACUUUAUGAUAGAGCAGAAAUCACUUUACGUGAAAGUAUGCUAGCCAUUUUAAGUAUGGCUUUAAAAUAUAAUUUACCGAAAACAUGUGUUGAAGGAAUGAUCGAAUUUGGACAACUACAUCGUUCAUCAAGUGAACGGCGGAAGGUUAAAAAUGGGUGAAAAAUCUUCAGUCCAAAUAUUCCCGUAUACUGAAACAAUAGAAUUAAGAACUUCAAAUCAAUGUAUUCAAUAUGCUGCCGACGCAACAGAUGAUGAUCCAAAUCAUGGUGUCAAAAGACAUGCGGCUUUUUCUAAGUUGAUGCCUAAUUUUGUGAGAGGAAUGGCCAUCGACAGAAUGCAUGCUGUAGAUGGCGGAGUAAUGAAAAAAUGGUUGACUCUGUGGUGUGAUUCGUCAUAUAAAGAUAAGCCCUUCUCAUUACAUAAUAAACUUGAUGAAAUUA